AUGUCCACCCCAAACCACCGCCCGUUCAAGAGGGAAUCCUGGCGCCCACACCAACCGCCCCAACACCCCGCGCAACAUGGGCAAUCGUCUCAAGGACCUCAAGGACAAGGACAAGGACAAGGACAAGGACAGGGACAGGGGUGGGGAAGGGGAAGGGCGGGGCCUAGAGACCAGGGGUGGAAUCGGGGUGGUGCUGGUGGGGACGGUCGGGGGAAUGAUUGGGAAAGGGAAAGAGAAAGGGAGAGGGAGAGGGAGAGGCCUGGCAGAGAUGACGGCUGGAGAGCGCAAGGCAAGAGGAAAGAGCUCUCCCCCGAGCGGCCCAGGGCCAACUUUGUGACGCAGUCCGAGAAAGAGAGGCAGGAGCGAGAAGCGAGACGGCAUGGUGGGAAGGAUUCAGAACGGCAGGGCUUCAAUGGCGGAGGCGGAGAUUGGGAUAGGGAUAGGGAAAGGGAUAGAGGGAGAGAAAGGGGAAGGGGGAGGGAGGAGAGCUACAACCGCCCGCCGCUUCCUACGAGCGAACGUCCCCCGGGUCAGUCCGGUAACUACACCAACCCACCAGUACCUCAUAACCGCCCCCUACCCCCCCGAGAUCAGCAGGGUCCGCCGACAAAGAGACGGCGAGGUGGAAGAGAGAGUCCGGACUAUGGUGUUGGCGGCGGUAGCAGAGACGCUCCAUCAUCGCAAAGACCCGUGUCCCCUUCACUAUCUGCUCCAUCCCGAUCCAGAGACCGUACUCGCUCGCCGACCCUCUCCCAUUCCCAAACACACCGCCAGCGAUCCCCCUCUCCUGCAGACUCGGACCGUCUGUCCACAACAUCCGGCUGGUCCCGCCGCGCCCACGGCCGUGGACGCGACCACGACAGAGACGGGGGCUACGACCGUCCACGGGAAAACAGGUCUGACCGAGGAGACUCAUCACGACCCCACUCUGACCCCCGCCAGCACACUCCCCACGCCCACACCCAAAAUCGACCCCCUUUCCCUCACUCUCAGCCUCCUCCAGACCGGUCGGAUCGUUCGGGCGAUAACGGCUGGUCCCUCCGACGUCGGGGCGGACCUUUACCGCCGCCAGCGCCUUUUACGCCCACGCCGAAUCGGUUUGGCCCUGGCCCAGGACCGGGGCAAGGGCUGAAUGGGGUGCCGACUGGACCUGCGAGUGGACGAUCUGGGAGAGGCUUUGAGGACAGACGGUUCGACGACCGUCCUCCGUUUGGGCCCAAUGCCAACUAUCCCCCUGGACCCGGUCCGCUUGGUCCAUCUGGUCCAUCUGGUCCGCCUGGCCCGCCUGGUCCUCCACGAAAUACGGGCAGAGACAUCCCCAUGCGCCAAUGGGGCCGCCCCCCAAACCCCAGCGGAGACGCCCCCUGGGACGACCGUCCCCCUUCCCGUCCCUUCCCUCCCACCGACCCCAGCCCAUCAUUCAACCGAGAACCUCCAAAUUCCGAAGGUAACGGACGCUGGUCUCGGUCCGACAUGAUGGAUCGAGAAAGAGACGUCCGAGACGGUCCUUCAGCGGGGUAUGGAGGGCGUAGAGGCGGGGAGGAAAGAGAGUUUGGGAGGGAGCAAGCGGAAAAGUAUGGGUAUGAUCGGAUCAAACCUUCACGAGCUUUACGAGGGCAACCUCCGUCUAAAAGAGGCUCUCCAGCGCCGUCAGAGCCCAGUGGGUAUACCCCACCCAGACCUGUGCCCAUCUCUUCCCCCCGCCACGCUCUGUCACCUCGUGAACCCGAGCGCUUAGAACCGCCCCAUCGCUCACCUUCCCCCGAGCCCCGAUACCAGGACACAUACCCAUCUUACCCCUCCCCCCGACCCCAAAUAUCAAUAGAAGCACCCACCUCUUUCGCAGAGUACAUCCCCCGCCCCGAAGAUCCCCUCGUACCCAUCCCCGAGCCCGAACCCCAAGUCGAAGAACACCAGCCUCUACAGAGGAUGGAGCCGCUCAAAAUCUCAUUCGCGCCCAUCGUGCCAGCCAAGGCAAAGGGUAAUGGGGGUACGGAAGGGAAGGGUGGUUGGAAGUCGUUAUCGGGCGUGGGAGGCGUUGGGAUUGCGUCCGGGGUGGAGAAGCGAAAGUUGUCGUUGUUUGAUGAUGAGGCGGAAGAUGAGGCUGGGGACGGUGGAUCUCAAAAAGAGAGUCAGGCAGAAGUGCAAGCUGCGACAGCGAUAGAAAAGAAUGAGCAGGCGACUUUACCUCAUCCUGACGCUCUCAUCCAUCGACUUGCACUCGCUUCUCAGCGAUACAACACCCUCCUAUCCGCCUUGCCCACCUUUCUCCGCGCAGCGUUCGACGCUUACGCCACCCUCCUUCCCUCCCCUUCCUCCUCUGUCAAUCCUCGACACCCACUUCCACCGAUGGACCUCUUCCUCGACGAAUUCCUCAAUAAACGUGCGACGAUGGACGAAAUCACCCGCGUAGAAGAAGUUUGGGAUGCGAGGAUGGGGUGGGAAGCGCAAGAGGAGGAAGGGAGGAUGUAUUUGGAACAGGUUGGGAAGGGCGGGAUCGUGCAAGGCGGUGAAGAGAGGGACGAUCUGGAUGGGGAGAAGAUGGAGGUCGAUGCUGGGCCCAUUGUGGACGUGCUGGCGCAACCCACUCCGGCACCGUCGGAUACUUCGGCUCAGCCUCCUGAGCCUGCGCCUGUGCCUGAAGAUAUCGCCCCGCUGCCAGUGUAUCAGAAGAUCACGCACGUCGGCGAAGGUACCUACGGUAAAGUCUACAAAGCCCGGUCUACGAUCACCGGCCAAUUUGUGGCGCUCAAGCGGAUUCGGAUGGAAGGCGAGAAGGAUGGGUUCCCGGUGACGGCGAUGAGAGAGAUCAAGCUGCUGCAAGCACUGAAAGACGGCAAUGUCUUGAAGCUUCUCGAGAUGAUUGUCGAGCAAGGCUCCGUGUACAUGGUGCUCGAGUAUAUGGACCACGACCUCACCGGCCUCCUCUCCCACCCUACAUUCCGCUUCACCCCCGCCAACAUCAAAUCCCUUUCCCAUCAGAUGCUCGCUGGCCUGUCCUGUCUGCACCACCACUCUAUCCUUCACCGUGAUCUCAAAGGCGGCAAUAUCCUGAUCAACGCGAGAGGAGAACUCAAGCUCGCCGACUUUGGGCUGGCGAGGAUUUAUGAAAAGGAUCGGGGAAGGGGUAGGAGGGAGGACUAUACGAAUCGUGUUGUGACGCUUUGGUAUAGAAGCCCGGAGCUCUUACUGGGAGAGACGGUAUACGGGCCCGAGGUGGAUAUGUGGUCUGCUGGCUGUAUCAUCCUCGAGCUGUUCACCACCAAACCGAUCUUUCAAGGCAACGACGAAAUCCACCAGCUCGAGACCAUCUACUCCAUCAUGGGCACGCCCAAGGAGAGCGAGUGGCCGGGGGUGAAGGCGUUGCCUUGGUACGAGCUGGUCAAGCCAAAGGAGGUUGUGGGGAGUAAAUUCAGAAGCUCGUUUGCCAAGUGGUUGAGUCCAGCCGGCCUUGAUUUGGUGGAAGGGUUGCUAUUCUACGACCCUUUGAAACGUCUUUCGGCAGACUCGGCUCUGAAGACACCGUACUUUACGAGUGAAGAUCCUACGAUGGAGAAACCAACUCAACUGGAAGGUAUUGGGGAGCAUCACGAGAUGACGGCGAAAGCAGAGAAGAGAAGACGGCGGAUGGAAGAGGGCGAGUCGAGACAUGGAUCAUGA